GGAAGUCCUGCCCAGGCCAUGUGAGCAGGUGUGUGUUUCUGACAGUUUAGGGAAGGUUAGGCGAUAAUCACUAUGAAAACCCUGGUCAACAUGGAAUCGUGGAACGCAAAUGGAACGCGGAAGUGAACCCGAACGUGGAGAGCAGGCCGUACGGAGAGCCAUGGAGGAGGCAUGGGAGCAGAAGAGACCCUGGUGGAAAAGCCUUGUUUCGUUUUUUCCUCAAAUUAGGUUCACUACCGCGGCAGCUCUGACUAUUUUGCUAUCUUCGGUGAUUUCAGGCCCGACCCUGCUGAGGGUGGUCAGAGGGGAAGAUGUGGGGGUCAGAUAUGAUUUGGAGGCCGGUGUGCUGGAGAGCUUCACAGUCUACAGGUUGAUCACAUAUAUAUAUUUCCACGAUGAUCUGCGAUCAUGGGGAUGCAGCUGCCUGACCAUUUGGUAUUUUGGUGCAGGUUUUGAGGAGAGCUUUGGCACUGUAAAGUUCUGCUUCCUCACACCUUUGUUUUCAGUGUGUGUGGGGACGCUGUAUCUGGCCAUUACAGCUACAGGUCUCAGCUUGCCUGUGGGUGAUGGCAGAGUUCAAGGAUUCACAGCUGUGGCCUUUUGCAUGGUGACUAUCUUCUGCACAAAGACCACACUUAGACGCAUCCCUGUUUUGGGGUUCAUGGUUCCCAUCAAAGUGCUGCCUGGGUUAUUUCUCUUCCCAGCCCUCUUCAUACCACAUGCUCCAGUCUUCAGCAACAUGUGUGGGAUCUUGGUCGGCGCUGUCUUUGGCCUGGGUGGCUGCUUUUGUUUGGACUUCCCAGAAUUCUUGAUGUGUCGAGUGGAACAGAUGCUGCCAUUUAGACUUCUGAAGCGCAUCCCGAUGUGUAAAUACAUACCUGCAUCUAUGGCUGAACGCAGUGCUUCCCAGACCCGGAAAAUAAACCCACCACCGGGAUCAUAUCCAGUACAGCAGUAUUACACUCCUCCCCAUGACUUACCCAAUACCUACUCUCCAUAUCAGAACAUGAAGCCUGUUGGAAAUUUGACACCAAGUUAUUUUCCUGCUACAUCCCUACCUACCCAAAUAGGCAUCACACCUGGACAAUUUCAUCAACCAGCACAAUUGUGCCCAGAAGGACACAGUCAUGCAGAUACUUGCACUCCUUCAAGUGCCAUUGUACAAACCGAAUUAAUUCAAGUUCAGACACGAUAAUGACACGAUAAUGUUUCGAUCAAUACAAAGAUAUAAAUUCUCUGUUCAAACAUCUAGAUAUUAUCUGAAGGAAAUUGGUGAGAUUACAGGUUUGGUAAACCUUUUUUUCAUUACAUGAAUAAUUUUUCUGAAAGGAUGACUGUUCUACGUAAACUGAGUGCUUUAAUGGGAAUGAAGCUCCCAAUAAUUUCCAGUUUAUUCACCGUAUUUGCCUUUUAUUCUUAUAGCAAGCAAAGAGGAUCUAUGACCUUGUCUUAAUACUUCUGAAAUAGUGGUUGUUAUGGUUAGUAUAUCAACCACUGGCAUCACACAUGUGUAAUGUCCAAAAGGAUUGUAAAUGGACCUUCUGUUCAAUUAAUAUCACACCAUAUCUUAGUUUCUCAGAGUAACUGGGAGGAACCUCCUGUGGGAAACUUCUCCUGCACUUUGCUUGUCAAUCAGUCCUUGGCAUACUUGAUCAUGCUUUUGACAUAUGAGGGUGGAUUACUUUUUUGUUUUGUUUGUUUAACCUUAGAUUUUUUUUAUAUUUUUUUUAUACACUUGCUAGCUAUUCUUGUACUGGGGCUCAAAUCUUAAAUUAUAUGCUACUAAACAAACCUGCAAGUUACUUGCAUUUCAACUGGAAGGGCUCAUGACACACUAGGGGUGAAUUUCUACUUGCCAGGGUUAAAUUAUCACUUUCCAAUUACUAGUGUGUGAAUUGACAUUUUUGAAUCCUGCUUGUAGCUCAAUGUACAGAUCCA